AUGGCUACGAAUACUCAACCAUCUCCAGACCAAACCAGAACAGGCGUCUCUUCAUCGCAAAAUUACUAUGACUUACUAGGCAUAACACCACAAGCGACUGAUGAAGAAAUAAGACGUGCUUAUAGAAAAACAGCUUUACGUCUGCAUCCCGACAAAAAUCCUGAUCCUGAAGCAGCUGCUCAAUUUCAUGCGGUUGACAAGGCAUAUAAAAUUCUCAUCGAUCCAAAAUUGAGAUCGACCUAUGAUCAACUAGGUCCAAAAGCGGCCGAUGCUAUGCGUCGAAUGAACGAAGAAUAUUCUGAAGCAUUGGCGCAGAUGCCUCGAUGGAAAAAAAUUCUGUUUGCAUUUUUAUGUAUCAGCACUUGCUGUUGUUUCGGCGCUGGUUGCUGCUGCCUUUGUGGUUGCGGUUGUUGUUGUAAUUUCUGCUGCAAUCAUUGCUGUGGUAAAUACAAACGUGAAGAAGACGAUGUCUUUUCCUCAUUCCAGGAAAACGAUGAUAUACCUGGUAUAUAUACUCAGCGAAAUGUGAAUGGUACAUCACCAACAGUGAUCAUUACUAGUCCACAAGAAACGGAUCCUGUCCUUGGUUCAACCGGUGAACAAACAUCUGUUCUUAUGCCGCCGUCCUAUGAGUCUAUAUCAGUGGGGAGUCAAUAA